AUGGCGGCUUCACUGGAAACUCAGCACCCAAUUAAGGCUCUUGGAUGGGCUGCUAAUGAUCCAUCUGCCACUUUCACUCCUUUCAACUUCUCAAGGAGGGCAACUGGUGAACUUGAUGUGCAGUUUAAGGUUUUGUACUGUGGUAUUUGCCAUUCAGAUCUUCACUUGGCCAAGAAUGAGUGGGGAUUCACUGCUUAUCCCUUGAUACCUGGUCACGAGAUUGUAGGGGUCGUUACAGAAAUAGGCGCAAAGGUAACCAAAUUCAAAAAAGGGGACAUAGUCGGAGUCGGGUGCUGGGUGGGGUCGUGCCGCGAGUGUGAGGAGUGCCGUAAAGGCGAAGAAAGUUACUGCCCGAAGAUAUUAAUGACGGUGAGCGGGACCUACUUUGACGGGACACCCAAUUUCGGUGGCUUCUCGGACAUUAUGGUUGUGGACGAGCAUUUUAUAAUCCGGUGGCCCGAGAAUUUGGCACUCGACAAGGGGGCCCCACUGCUGUGUGCUGGGAUCACCACAUACAGCCCAAUGAAGCGGUUCGGGCUCGACAGGCCCGGGAUUAGAGUGGGUGUCGUGGGCCUUGGAGGCAUCGGUCACCUCACGGUCAAGUUUGCUAAAGCGUUCGGGUGUAAAGUGACUGUCGUGAGCUCGUCAGUUAAUAAGAAGGAAGAGGCAGUCGAGCGUUUUGGGGCCGACGAGUUUUUGGUCAGCACUGACCAGGAACAGAUGCAGGCUGCAUUUGGGACCUUGGACGGUAUCAUUGAUACUGUCUCGGCAAAUCAUUCACUUUUACCGUUGGUAAAUUUGUUAAAACCUCACCGCCAACUGAUAUUAAUUGGAGCUCCACCUAAACUUGAGAUUCCUAUCUUUCCCCUGCUUAUUGGGGGAAAGGCGAUAGUGGGGACAGCGGCCGGAGGAAUAAAAGAGACGCAAGAAAUGAUCGAUUUUGCAGCCGAGCACAAUAUACUGCCUGACGUCGAGAUAAUUCCGAUGGAUUACGUGAACACGGCCAUGGAUCGUCUUGAGAGAGCUGAUGUCAAGUAUAGAUUUGUUAUCGACGUUGCGAAUUCACUCAAGAAACUGUAA